CAACUUCCCCUUUUCAGCGUGGAUACAAGAAGCUGCCCGAUGCACAGGCAGAGAAGGCGGAGAGGGCAGCAGUGAGUGUCCAGACAAACAGCUCUGUCCUACCACCAGCUAAACAGCCAGAUUCUAGCAUUCAGUACAGGGGCCAGCCUCAGCCAUGGAAGAGACAUACAUCAGACACAUUGAGCUGCUGGGCUUCGAGAAAAGGUUUUUUCCCAGCCAACAUUAUGUUUACAUGUUCCUGGUGAAAUGGCAGGACCUAACCGAAAAACUAGUUUAUCGAAAAUUUACCGAGAUAUAUGAUUUUCAUAAAUCCUUGAAGGAAAUGUUUCCCAUUGAAUCUGGGGACAUCAACAUUGAGAAUAGGAUCAUCCCUCACUUACCAGCACCCAAAUGGUUUGAUGGCCACCGGUCUACACAGAACAGACAAGGCACGCUGACUGAAUACUGCUACACCUUGCUGAAUCUGCCGCACAAGAUUUCCCGAUGCUCCCAUGUUCUGAACUUCUUCAAAGUCAAGCCUGAUGACUUGAACCCACCCACAGACAGCCACAUCAAGAAACCAGAGACGUAUUUAGUGCCAAAGGACUCCAAGAAAAAUGUCGCAGACAUUACUGGCCCCAUUAUCCUGCAGACGUACCGAGCUAUUGCAGACUACGAGAAGAACUCCAGCACCGAGAUGGCUCUGAAAACGGGGGACAUGGUGGACGUUGUGGAGAAGAGUGAAAGUGGCUGGUGGUUCUGUCAGUUAAAGAAUAAACGUGGCUGGGUCCCAGCUGCUUACCUGGAGCCUAUGGAAGGUCCUGAUGAAUCUGAAGAGCAGGAUCCUAACUAUGCAGGGGAGCUCUAUGUUGUCAGAAAAGGCUACACAGCUGCUGAGGAUGAUGAGCUGACGCUGAAAGAAGGAGACGCCAUAGAGGUUAUCCAUAAACUACUUGAUGGCUGGUGGGUUGUCAGGAAGGAAGAAAUCACCGGUUACUACCCCUCCAUGUAUCUGCAGAAAUCUGGGGAAGAGAACAACCCUGUGAAGAAUGAGCUGAGAAACAGAGGCGCCCCUCCUCGAAGGUCGACCAUCCGAAAUGUCAAGAGCAUCCACAACCAAAACCGGAAGCAGAUCAGCCAGGAGACAUACAGACAGAACAGCAUGAAGUAUAGGAAGACAAGGACGCAGAGCAAUCUCCAGAGCAAGUCCAACGUGAUCAGAGAGAGAAAUGAAAUGGUGGAAAACGUGUCCAAGGCCCAACCGGCUGUUCCACCACGACCCAGUAAGGACCUGAUCCUGAAUCGUUGUACAGAGAGCACGAAGAGCAAGAUCAAAUGAUCCCAUUGGGGAAAAAAUAUAAAGCUGAUGCUUAUUCUCUGCCAGGACUCCGUAGCCAGACUGGACAGUUCUGGUGAAUUUCAGCACCUCUACAAGAGCGGCAGUUCUCAUAGCGUUUCUCAGAGCUACAGGUUAUGGCACUUUCAAUUAAGGUUCCGCAUAUAAUUCACUCUCUCAACAAAUCUGAAUUGUUCUAAACUUGAUGGGCCAAAUUUAGUCUUCAUUUAUACUUGUGCAAUCCCAGGGAGUACAAUGAGGCUGCACUGGUGCACACAAGGACAGAAUUCGGCAAGAUAUUCUCAGUAACUGAUCACAUUUUUUUUUAAUGUUUACUAUGAACUGCUACACAAAAUACAGUUGAUCAAGUAUCAGAGGGAUAGCCUGUGUUAGUCUGUAUCCACAAAAAUAAUGAGAAGUCCGGUGGCACCUUAAAGAGAAACAGAUUUAUUUGGGCAUAAGCUUUCGUGGGUAAAAAACCUCACUUCUUCAGACGCAUGGAGUGAAAAUUACAGAUACAGGCAUAAAUAUAUAUCGGCACAUGAAGAGAAGGGAGUUACCUUACAAGCGGAGAACCAAUGUUAAAGGCCAGGUUAGCCAGGGGGCAUGUAGUCCGCUCCCAAUAAUUGAUGAGGAGGUUCACUCCAAGCAUCUGAAGAAGUGAGGAUUUUUACUCACGAAAGCUUAUGCCUAAAUAAAUCUGUUAGACUUUAGUCCUCGUUACAGUUGAUCAAGGCACUGAUCAUAUGAGCUGUUGAGUGAACUCCUCUCUCAAUGACUUUUUUUCAUGGUAGAUGAAGGUGUUCAGCAUUCCAUUGCAUUGAGCAAUAAGAGAGAGUCUUAACUGAUUCUUUCCCCACCAUUUGUACUUGGGAACCUAGAUGAUAUGGUUUGCACUUAUUAGCUUGCUUUGUAAUAUAGCCAUUUUUGGUGACUCUAUUAUUGUAGGAGACCCCCAUGUAAAGUUAAUACAUAAAUCUCUUUUAAUCCUG